GAUCUUGCUAAUGAAGAAAGUGGGUGUGUUUGCUCCACCUCGGCCCCUCCCAUGUUUUUAAUUAAUUAAUAUUCUGGAGUUAAUUGGAGUACGAGUGUACAUGGUAGCACAUCUAGCUCUAGCUCUAUGGUGGUAGUAGCAUGAAGGUCAUCAGAGGGACACUGGUUCACUGUAUCUGUCCAGAGAGCAUUCAAGUACUGGAGAAUUAUGUGAUUGGCUUCAAUGAGAAAGAAAAUGGAGUGAUUGUCUUUGUGGAAGCUGCCUCAAAGUUAAAUGACUUAGCAGCUGAGCAUGGCUUCAGUAUAGACUCGGUCAUCACACUGACAAAGAGUCAGUUCCUGAUGCCUGGUCUAGUGGACACUCACAUCCACGCUCCCCAGUACGUGAAUGCAGGCACAGGCUACGACAAGCAGCUGCUGGCCUGGCUGCAAGACUAUACUUUCCCUGCCGAGGCAAGAUUCCAGGACUUGCAGGUUGCUAGGGACGUGUAUCCCAUAGCAGUGAGUCGUUCCCUCCGUCAUGGCACGACCACUGCGAGCUACUUUGCAACUAUUCAUCUCGAGGCUACCAAGGAGUUGUGCAGGACAGUGGAGCGCCUCGGGCAAAGAGCUCUGAUUGGUAAGGUGAACAUGGACAGGGAGUCACCUGACUAUUACGUUGAGACCACCCAAGAGUCACUAGAAGACACUAAAAAGUUCAUUGAGUUUGUGAAAGAGCUGAAUAACCCCCUCGUCCAAGCGGUCAUAACUCCCCGGUUCUCCCCGAGUUGCUCCCCCGAGUUGCUCCAAGGACUGGGUGACCUAGCUAGAGAGCACGACUUGCCGAUACAGAGCCACGUCUGCGAGCAGCUGCCUGAAGUCAAGUACACUCUCAGCCUGUUCCUCGGCUUUCAGGACUGCUCAAGCAUCUUCGAGAAACAUGGACUUCUUACUGACAAGGCGUACAUGGCUCACUGUAUUCACUUGGAGGAGAAUGAGGUACAACUGUUCCAACAGAAAGGAGUGGGCAUAUCUCAUUGCCCAAAUUCUAACCUUUGUCUAUGCAGCGGUCUUCUGGAUACACGAAAAAUGCUUGAUUUGGGCUUGAAAAUUGGGCUUGGCACAGAUGUGUCUGGGGGGUAUUCUUCUUCCGUGUUCGAUGCCCUCAGGAAAUCUAUAGAUGUGUCCAAGGCCCUCUCUUUCGGCAAACAGGACGACUAUCGACCAAUCAGCCAUCACGAGGCUCUCUACAUGGCAACUUUAGGUGGUGCUAAAGUUCUCUCUCUGGAUGACAAGAUUGGAAAUUUUAAGGCUGGUAAAGAGUUGGAUGCACUGCUAAUCGACGUCAACCCACCAAACAAUACGUUUGACACUUUUGAAUGGGAUUCUUUUGAUGACGUUCUUAUGAAAUUCCUCUAUUUAGGAGAUGAUCGAAAUAUCUUAAGGAGAUUUGUGGCAGGAAAGGAACUAGAGUUAUAAAGAAGAAAUAAUUUGCGUGCAUAUAUAGAAACAACUCAGUUUUUAUAGUCUAUCAGAUUUUUAAUUCAGUUGUUCUGUUACUAUAUAGAUUAUAGAUCAUUGCAGUGGUAUUAUAUAAUAUACAUCAUGCAGUCCUCAGAUAUACCGUAUUAUAAUUAUA